UGUAUCUUAAUAACACAAUAGCUUUGUCAGAAAUGGUUAUUUUUACCCUCAAAAUGAUGGUUGUCACCAAUGAAGCCGAGAACAUACCCAAUCUGACCUCCAUGAGGAAGCUGAGAAAGCAAAUAACUACCUGGAUUAAUACAUAUGCUAAGACAAACAAGCAAGACAAGGUUGCUCGCUUUAUAGGUUAUUAUAAGCCUUUGCCCACCCUAAUAAUUAAUGCUAUCAAGAGUGAAGGAGUCAUCUCUCAGACAGAAGACGGAAUUCUAAUUGACUGGGCUAUUCUGAAAUUGCUACUUCUAAAGACCAGAAAAACUCAUGAUCAAUCUUACUUCGCUCCUUACUUCCGAUCACUAAAAUAACAAGGUCCUACAAUACCAGAAAUAAUUCUUAAAAACAUACCAACUACCAACU